AUGUGCCUGGGGGAGAUGGGUGCCAUCGAUCCUGGCCGGCUCGAGCUAGACGUCAAGUCUGAACUCCACAGGCUGGUGGGCACCAGCAACACCAACAAGCCGCUCGAGUACGAAGAGGACGACGAGAUGGCCUUUCAGCUCAUUUCUUCGCACCUGCUCCCAGCGUUCAGAGCUGCGCGCGACACGCGAGGCCAAGAUAGGGCCGCUUUCGCAAUUCAGGAAGUGCUCAAGCUGUGCGGGUGUACCGAGCAAACCCCCGUCGUGCUGGCCGAACGGCGCGCUGCCAAAGAGGCCGCCAAGGGAAGGAAGCGGAAGACCCAGAAGAACUUGCCAAGCGAGGUCAAGCGUGGCGUGCGAUUUUGGCGACGGUUUUCGGAGGACGUGCGAGAGUUGAUGAUGCCGUUUCUGUCGUCGCAGUACGUGCUGCAGGCGCCCUCGACCCAGCCCAGGGUGCCCAUUUACCCCGGUUCCAAGGACUACCAGUCGUGGGUCUCGACCUGGGCGGCGACGCUUAUCCAGCGCGUCAAGGGGCCACAAGCCGACCUUUUCCAGACCUGCCGCGGCGUCGUCAAGGACGAUCUCAAUACUGCUCACUUCCUGCUCCCGUACCUCGUGCUCAGCGUAUUACGGUAUGGCGGUGAGGAGGACAACGCUGCCAUUUGUGCAGAGUUCCUGGCAGUGCUGGAGGAUCCCUCGCGAGGCAAGAGUCCGUCGGCCAAGAACGAGAGGAGCCUGGACGAGCGGAGCCAGAUGAACACCGCGACUAUCUUCUCGCUCAUCGAUCUGCUAAACAACUCGGGGACAAAGAAUAAACCGAGCGAUGUCGAACACGUGGAGCAGCUGUUGGCCCAGAUACCGCAGCUCACCCUCGCGCAAGCGUCGCUCCGCUGCAGAACCUACACGCGCGCCCUCCUCCACUUUGAGCUCCACCUACGCAAGGAAAUCAACCUGGAUACCAACCGCAGUCAAGUUGCUCUCCAAACCGGCAGUGGCGAGAUACUAGCCGUCAAUAGUUCGCUGAUGCAGAAGAUCUACACGGGACUGGAUGAGCCCGAUGGUCUCAAGGGCAUCGCCACCCUGAGAGCAUCCAACACACUGCGGGACCACAUUGUCGACCUGGAGAACUCGGGCAAAUGGCGCGAUGCCUUCAUGUGCUACGAUCAGAGAACUUCUCGCACCAGAUCGGACGUCAACUGCCUGCUGAAUCUGGGUCAGCUCGAGACGAUGCUCAACCUCGUGACGGCGCAGCUGGCAUCUCAUCGACCAGACCGUUACGAAGCCGUGCUCAUGUCCUACGGCGUGCAAGCGGCGUGGCGGCUAGGCAAGUGGGACAUUCUCCACAAGUUCCUAUCGCCUCACCUGCGGCGCAGCGGCCUGCCCGAUACCAACAGCUUGAGCCUGACGAACUCUACGUCGGCUUCUUCCGUUGAAACUCUCGGUGAUUCGCCCUUGGACUUCGAGGUGGCGAUCGGUGGUCUGGUGUCGGCCAUCAAGCGGCAGGACGACACACUCUUCCAGAAACUGUUGGAGAAGACGAGAGCCGAGGUCAUGGGCGUUCUUUCGGCUGCGAGCAUGGAGUCGUACCAGCGUGCCUACCCCUACAUCACCAAGCUGCACAUGCUACACGGUACCGCUACCAAUAACACUUGCAAUCGAGCCGAGCUCCUCCGCGACUGGCAACAUCUUACCGUGUGGUAUGCGCGAGCAGAGCUGGAGCAGAGUUUCGGCCUCAGCUCGACGGGUGAUGGCG